AUGCAGGUUGGUCUGCCCACUUUGAGCAGUCGACGAAAAAAAUUUGAUCUAAUCAUGGCUUUUAAGAAUCUCACUGUAGCCAGCACACAAGUCAGGUUCCACAUGUUUUCAAACAGAGUGCCUGCGGACUUUAAUAAACUCCUUAGGCAGAAUGUUCUCAAAAACUCGCUCUCUGCGUUCAAAAGGUUGGCCGCUCUGCAAUCUAAUUCAGGGGGAAGAGCACUAGCAAUCGGAGAUGGGGCCAACGAUGUACCAAUGAUACAGGCAGCACAUGUAGGGAUUGGAAUCGUUGGUAAGGAGGGCAUGCAGUUGCUGUGUUUUGUUGUAUCAGACCGAUCUGCAAUUCCAGUCGCCUGCUCUUUCCAAACGCCAAUAAAGACAGUAACAGCCGUUUAUGUCAUCUACGCUCUGGAACGCCAAAAACGUACGCUGUACGGUUUCGGAAGAUAA